AACCCCUCUUCAUCUUCCUCCUCUCUCACUUGCUCUUAGGCCGUUCCUUCCUCCCUUCAACUGCUUCACUGGACUGCGGUGCCUAGACGACUCCCCCCCCCCCCCUCUCUCUCUCUCUUCUGGGCAGAUAACUGAGCUGCUUUGGCUCGGGUUUGGUUUAACUUCCAGUUUGAUCAUGUUCUAUUAUUAAGAGGAUCCCAUUUCUCUUUCUUCUGAUCGGCAUCUCCACAAUUUUCCACAUCCAUAGUAGACGUCACUGCAAUAUGUUCACAAGUGAAUCUUUAAUUUGUUGAACCGGUGCGUGCUUCUCUGGAAGAGUAGAUAACUGAGCUGCUUUGGCUCGGGUUUGGUUUAACUUCCAGUUUGAUCAUGUUCUAUUAUUAAGAGGAUCCCAUUUCUCUUUCUUCUGAUCGGCAUCUCCACAAUUUUCCACAUCUAUAGUAGACGUCACUGCAAUAUGUUCACGGAAUUCUGGAGAAGGCACAAGAAGAAAGUUUAUGUUACCUUUGGAGUCAUUAGUAGUGGGUUUCUAUUGUAUAAGCUAUAUGAUGGGCACAGGCGACGGAUAUCUGAACUGGAGAAAGAACUGGAGGCUGAUAAGAAGACUGAUGAACUAAUUAGGGCCCAAAUGAAAGAACAUUUCGAGAGCAUUCAAAUGGUAGCAUAUUCUACAACAUUACCCCAUGUAAUGCGGCAUUUAAGCAAUCAAAUAGCAGAACAGUUGGACCUCAUGCAGCUGACUGAGAAGUUAAUGAAAGGGAAGGAUCAACCAAAUACCCUUACAGCUACAGAGAAGCUUGAGCUAUGGGAUAGACUUAAAAUAUUGAGUUUCACAAGAAUGGUGCUAUCUCUCUGGUCUAUGACAACACUGAACUUGUACAUUAGGGUUCAAGUCAAUAUAUUAGGGAGACAUUUGUAUAUUGACACUGCACGUGGCUUAGAAAGUUCCUACCAAAGUGAGGAGGCUGAUCUAAUUUACAAAGAUGAGCAGAAACUGUUUUUAUCCACUGCUGAUUAUCUUGCCAACUAUGGUUUGAUUACCUUAGUUUCAAAAUUUGAGGCUGCAACUUCUGAAGUCAUCAAAGGUAAACAGCUAAAGGAUGUAUUCAGCUCUACUGUCCUUCACGAUACCAUUAUGCAGAUAUUGGACAAUUUCAUGAGCAUGGGAAGCCCUCAACAUUGGUUGGGCUAUUUGAUUCCAGAGGACCCUAAGAUGUACAGUCUUGCGGCAGCUUCUCCUCACAGUGAAAUAACAGACACGUUUCGUCCUUCUAGUUUUGAACAACUCAUGCUCGAGACACGUGCUGUGAUAUCUAGUGCUGAAUUCGGGAACAUAGUCGAGACAUCAAUGAAGGCAGGGGUUGAUGAAAUGGUGAAGAACAUAAGUGCACAAUGCGGAGAAGCGAAUUUGAUUGCAGGAAUGCCAUUAGCCAAACUUCUGCCAAGGCUGGCUCAUCUCAGUCAGCAGUUACUUGAUGAAGAACCCAACAACAACAGGUAUAUCCAAGUCAUCCAGAACUUGCCGGACGUUGAAUUGUUCUUCACUCUCUUAUAUUCUACCACUCCUGUCUCUUAGGAGGGGCUUAUUUGGUUCAGUUUCUGGUUUUGACUGAUUCUUAUACUUAGAAUCACCGGUCUGAUUUUCUUUGCUGCUAGUAGAGAAUCAAACACCGGAUUGGUUCCGAAAAUCAGAUUCUGCCGAUUUGUCUUGUUGAUUCUGAACACAAAGUCAAGUGAUUCUAGUGGAAUUUGUGAAUCAGAAUCAGCAAAAUGAACCUAAAAAUCUCAACCAAAUGAGGUUGGUUUUUUUUAAUUUUUUUUAUAUACGUUCGUUGUUCAGCGGUCUUUGGAUGUAAAGAAUUAUAGGGGUUUUGGCUUCCCUUUUAAUAAUUCAAAACACCAAGGAUAUGAUAAGAUUUGGGUUAA